UGGAGUAGCAUCGGUUUGGCUAUUAAGUUUGUAAGUAAGUAGCCUAAUGCUCCAUCCAUGCAUUCUGAAUUCGGUGAAUUCUUUUCACUCUUUCCAUCUCUUUCUCUGUCCUUCUUCAUCUCUUUCAUAAUGUCAAACAGAACUAGCAGCUCCCGACAUGAUGACUACAUUCUCAUGUUACCUUUUUUAGCUCAUGGCCAUCUCAUUCCUUUCUUAGCCUUAGCCAAACAAAUUCACCAAAGAACAGGCAUCACCCUCAUUAUCGCCUCCACAAAGCUCAACAUCAACUACCUCCGCCGGUCCUCAUCCAACCAAUAUGAAAAUUCAGACUCCGGUAUUCAUUUCUCAGAGCUACCUUUCACCUCCUCCGACCAUGGCUUACCCCCCAACACUGAAACCACCGAGAACUUGUCUCUUGCAGAGGUAAUCGGCCUUUUCUGCGCUUCCCUAUCUCUGGAAACUCCUUGCCGGAACUUAAUCCACGAAUCCAUCGGUAAAUAUGGCCGGCCGCCGCUUUGUGUUAUCUCCGACGCGUUCAUGGGGUGGGCGGUGGGCGUUGCCAAUAGCUUCGACACCGUCAGUAUCACUUUCACGACCUGUGGCGCUUACGGCACUGCGGCCUACAUGUCUAUCUGGCUCGAACUCCCUCACCGGAAAACGGAAUCUGAAGAAUUCGAGGUCACUGGUUUCCCGAAACGCUGCCGUUUCCACCGUUCUCAGUUACAUCAGUUCUUGACAGCAGCCGACGGUUCAGAUCGAUGGUCGAGAUUCUUUCAACCCCAGUUAAAGCUUUCUCUGAAAUCUCAUGCCUGGUUGUGUUACACCGUCGAAGAAGUCGAAACCUUCGGACUCCAAAUCCUCCGGGAUUACGUUAAACGCCCCGUUUGGUGUGUUGGUUCGCUUCUCCCCCAAGCUGUGUUAAACGACAAGUCAUGUUCACCUUCUUCUUCUUUGAGUUUUUCCAAACAGAGAGUCAGUAAAGAAGUUGGUAUAUCAGUUGAGAAGUUGUUCGAGUGGCUCGAUUCACAAGAACCCAAAUCCGUUCUCUACAUCUCCUUUGGUUCUCAGAACACAAUCGGAGCAACCCAGAUGAUGGAAUUGGCUAUCGGACUGGAGAAGAGUUUGAAGCCUUUCGUUUGGGUGAUAAGGCCUCCAUUGGGGUUCGAUUUGAAAGGAGAGUUUAGGCAAGAAUGGUUGCCAGAAGGGUUCGAAGAGCGAGCCAAGGGGAAGAAUCUGGGUUUGUUGGUGCGAAACUGGGCACCCCAGUUGGACAUUUUGGCGCAUAAGUCUAUAGGUGCGUUUCUCAGUCAUUGUGGGUGGAAUUCCGUGCAGGAGAGCUUGAGCCAGGGGGUUCCGAUCAUUUCGUGGCCAAUAGCAGCUGAGCAAAGUCAUAAUUCGAAGAUGUUGGUGGAGGAGAAAGGGGUGUGUGUGGAGCUGACUAAAGGAGCUUUGGGGUCCAUUGUUGGGGAUGAAGUGAAGAAGGUGAUUGAUUUGGUGAUGGAGUCUAAUGGUGAAGGAGAAGAGAUGAGGAAAAGGGCCAGUGAGAUUAAGUUGCAGAUAAGAGCAGCCGUAAAAGAAGAGGGGGGACAUAAAGGGUCUGCUCUGAAAGCCAUAGAUGAUUUUGUUGCUUUUCUAGCACAUAGAGAAGAAAAUGUCAAGAGCAAGGAUAUUAUAACUUGAUACGAUUAAGAAUUAGCUUUUCUUUUUAUGUCUUUUGAUAAUAAAACUGGCAAAACCCAGUGCUCAAAUUUAGUUGGUUAGUAUUUACCAGAAAACUCUUUAUAACAUGAUUAUAUGAUAAAAUUCUGGUUUUCCAAUGAAACUUUUUUUUUUUGCAA